AGCCAUGCACGUGCGUCAGCCCUCCUGUGAUUGUGAGACAUAACGUGCUCACUUCGUCCAACAUUGACACUCUCAAGGAGACAGCAGUGAGAAGAAACCUGUCUGUGGAGAACACUGAAGUUUCUUCAGUCAUGGACGGCCAUGAUAAAAACCCAGUUAAAUACACAGAAGGAGUGAAAGAAGAUUCAAAAGCGGGUGAGGCGACUCCCUCUGUCCAGGGUUCCGUUGAAGGCUGCGGCUCCUGCCUGGAAAGGACGAGGCGCCUCAUCCCGCCGGAGUACCGGAAUGAGCUCCUGCAACUUCUGAAACUGGCGGGCCCGGUGGUGAUUUCCCAGUUGAUGAUCUUCAUGAUCAGUUUCGUCAGCACUGUGUUCUGCGGCCACCUGGGAAAAACUGAACUUGCAGCAGUAGCAUUAUCAAUUGCGGUGGUUAAUGUCACUGGUAUUUCCAUUGGUACUGGUUUGUCAUUAACUUGUGAUACCCUUAUAUCUCAGACCUAUGGGAGCGGUAACCUGAAGCGUGUGGGAGUGAUUCUGCAGAGAGGGAUUCUGAUUCUGCUGCUGGCCUGCUUCCCCUGCUGGGCCAUUCUCAUCAACACCGAACCCCUCCUUCUCGCCGUCAGACAGAGCCCGGAGGUGGCCAGUAUUUCCCAGCUAUAUGUAAAGAUCUUCAUGCCUGCUCUGCCGGCUGCUUUUAUGUAUCAGCUGCAAGGGCGGUAUCUUCAAAAUCAGGGAAUUAUAUGGCCUCAGGUUAUAACUGGAGCAAUUGGAAACAUCUGCAAUGCGAUCAUCAACUACGUCUUCCUACAUAUUCUGGAACUGGGCGUUGCUGGAUCUGCUGCAGCCAAUGCUAUCUCACAAUAUUUUCUGGCUGUGGUCUUAUACAUUUACAUCUGGUGGAGGGGCUUGCAUAAGGCCACAUGGGGAGGUUGGACACUGGACUGUCUGCAGGAGUGGGGAUCCUUUGUCAGGCUGGCCAUCCCCAGUAUGCUCAUGCUCUGUCUGGAGUGGUGGAUGUUUGAGUUGGGAGGAUUUCUGGCUGGAAUAAUCAGUGAGGCAGAGCUGGGAGCCCAGUCUAUAACAUAUGAGCUCGCUGUUAUAGCUUACAUGUUCCCUCUAGGAUUUUCUGCUGCUGCCAGUGUACGAGUUGGGAAUGCUCUUGGUGCAGGAAACAUAGAGCAGGCCAAGCUGUCUUGCAAAGUCCCCAUCGUUUGUGCAUUCAUAAUUGCAUUUUUUGUUGGCGGAAGUCUUGGCCUCUCCAGAAAUGUCAUUGGAUACAUUUUCACCUCAGAGCAAGAAAUUUUGCAGAGGGUUUCUGAUGUCAUGAUCAUAUUUUUCUUCAUGCAUCUUGCUGAUGCCGUUGCGGGUGUGGUUGGAGGUGUUCUACGAGGAACAGGAAAACAGCUGAUUGGUGCUCUGUGUAACCUGGUGGGAUACUACAUGAUUGGCUUUCCUAUUGGUGUUUCCCUAAUGUUUCCAGCAAAUAUGGGCAUUGUCGGACUAUGGACUGGAUUUACCAUCUGUGUGUUGAUGCAGUCCAUUUUCUUUAUCGUAUUUGUGUACAAACUCGAUUGGAAGAAAGCUGCUGAAGAGGCUCUUGUUAGAGCAGGAGUCAAGGGCAAAGAAGAAAAAGAGAUGGUCAGGAUGGAAAAUAUAGACUCCAAUCAGAACCAAGCUCAGUUUAGCACUUCUGCAUCCAGUUGUGAGAGUGCUGUGGAAGACCAUACAUACCAGGAGGUACAAAUUCCAGACCAGAAUAAAUCCACAGCCACAACGGUUGGAGAUGUUCUGUCAGUAACACAGCUGGUUUUACGACGUGGCCUUGCCUUGCUGAUAAUGGUCAUUAUCCUCGUCGUUGGAAUCUUUGCUAGUGACUUCCUGAUCAAGCUGAUGAAAUGAGUCCUUAGAUAAUGUGAAGCCGGUAGUCAGACCAAUGGUUGUCAGGAUUGAUAAAGUUUGAUUAAAUAAUGUGAUAGGAUUCCUUGUGCUGUCAAUCCCAAUGAGGACCAAUGGUUUAUUCUGCAGCUUUGUGCAGCUUUUCAAAACCCUGUCAUAUAUUACAUAGAGCAAUCAGUGGCAGAGUUGAAUUAACUACAGUUAUGAAGGUGUCAAACCUAGGAAGCCAAAGAGACUCCAACGUAUGCUCACAAGUUAGAGGAGGAAGCCAGAGCUGAAAUGCAAGUAAUUGGGCCUGCAAAAAAAGGUUUAGGUAUGUAGUGGUGAGGUUGCAGAUGUGAACCAAACAAAUGCCUUCCACCAAACCCUCUGUCACGGUGGCCAUUGAUAACAUGAAAGGCUUUUUCCUAGAGUGUUUGGUUUGGCCAUUCUGGACUACUGUAGAAACAUGACAUUGAAGAGGACCAGCUCCCACUGUAGUAACCUUAUUCUAAAGUUAAAAAAAAAAUCACAAUUCCUGGUUAAAACUGCAUAUAAUUAUUAUUAUUAUUAUUAUUAUUAUUAUUAUUAUUAUUAUUAUUAUUAUAUUCAAAUUCUGUCUGAGUUUAUAUGUUUGAGUAAUAUCCUGCUGGCAUUUAGCUACGUUAUUUUUCAUACAGCAACAAAUGUGAUGAAAGUUGAUGCAGCUCUUUAUGUCACUGAUUUUUACAAGGAUUUUGUUUUGGACUCAACUUGUGACCCCUCCAGGGUGAAUUUGAUUUGUGCAACUUUAAUAAAAAAAAUCAGUUCA